GCGGCGGAAGGAUACGGGCUCGUGUGACGCGGUCACUGUUUGGUUUGACGUGAUACUCCUCUGUUCUCCAAAACUUUUGAACGAUUUAUCGCGUAACCGAUCGGUCUCGACAUCAAAUGAAGAAGAGUGAGACAAUGUUCCACUAAAUUGAAAACGUGAGCUCCUCCACUGCGGUUUACUGCGCUCACAGACGCUCUUCAGACCGGAUCACCUCGGCACGAUGGAGUUUCAGUUUUUCGCAUCUCUUUCCCGUAUGUGGCAUUUCUUCGAUUCUCAUGCAUUGUACGCAAUUCACCAUUUCAACCGGAAUACAGCAAAUUGUGGCGGCAUACAUUAUUCCCAGGAAGACUCCCCUCAUUUGCACAGCCGGCUUAAGAGCUCCCUCUUUCCUACUGGCUAACGAAGGCCAAUCACAGGCGGAGGGAGGAGUCUGCACAGACGUAGGACUAAAUUGAUUGGAUGACAAAAACUUUUGACGCUUACCCAAACUCUACUUCCACGGAAUCCUCUCCUGGUUCCUCUAUCCCACCUUCGCCUCUGGAGCAUGAUGUCCAAAUGCCCUCCGACUUGGAGGUUAUGACCACUCUUCUUAAAGAAGAACUGGCUCAGCUGGAGGAUUAUUACCUGUAUGAAUCGGCGCCUAUGAAAUUGGAGAAAUGGCAAAAAUGUGACAAAAGCUUGCAAGCUAUGGCUACGCAGUCGUACUACCAGUUGCCCUGCGCUUCGUACAAUGCAAACCAACCUGAAACAAAUCCCAGGCUGGUUUCCCUAGCAACCGGAGAUCUCGACCUGCGAGGCUUCUGUGGGGGCUCCGUGAGCCGACCGAAAAUGUCUCGCCCCGGCCCCUACAGCUACAUUCGGACACACUGCAACAGCCAAAGAAUAUCAACGAACGGAUGCAAGGACGUGGAGGUGUUCGAGAAGGAGACGUGGACUUUCAAAGGGACUCAUUCAGGUUACGCGGAGCUGGCGUUUGACCAGUGCUCUGUCGACAAAUCCUUCGGAAAGAGCCACGCGAGCGCGAAGAAGGUUCGCGAAUGUGCCAUACUGUUGAAGGAAGAAGAGAAAAGUUGCUUCACGGAAGACGUGUUUUACCGAGCGGAGAUGAUGAGAAGUUACGAUCUCGGCGGCUCCCUGGAGCCGCACCACAGACGGGAGGGCCAGAGCCACGGGAUGAAGAUGCUCGGCCACGACGGGAUUGCUAUGCCCGUUUUGCAGUGCGCAGAGAACGAGAGCUGUCCGCCGUAUAAACAAUCCGAAGUAGCCGAGUGCUACUUUCAUCAGAUAACUGCCAAUUUAGAGCCAUAUCACGGCUUCAUGAAUGAAAUCGAUCAGCCAAUCAGAACUGGGGCUCUUGAUAUCCAGAAUAAUGACUACUUGCACCACGAAUGCCUUGGGGAUCAAAGCUUUGAAUGUCUGUCCGGAGACAGUGUUGGGUCCUCUUUGGAGUUGCCCAUCCAGAAACCACUGCAAAGGUCACGGGAAAGUCAGUGCGCGUUUAAGCCAGAUGUUAAAGUAGGUUGCUCGGAGAGAAACCAUGGAGAACGCAAGCAGAAGAAGAGGGAUCAGAACAAGUCCGCCGCCCACAGGUACCGUCAGCGUAAGAGGGAGAGCAGGACUGUUUGGAGGAGGAGCUUCAUGGUUUGGAAGGGCGGAACAGAGAACUUCGGGACAAAGCAGAAUCUGUAGAGAGAGAGAUUCAGUAUGUGAAAGAUCUCCUGAUUGAAGUCUACAAGGCUCGCAGUCAGCGCUUAAAAGAGGAUUCCAGUGCCUAAACCGUCUUUUACCAGCAUUUCACUCACGCCAGGCUCUGACAGCAUGUUUUUAUGCUCUAAAUAGUUAGUUAAAAAAAAAAACAAGAGCUCGUGUAUUAAAAUGGUUGUGUUUUUCCAAAGCGAAAGCCGCAUGGUUUCAUGAAACUGAGAGCAUAAUAUCUGAAGCACUGUGACGAUAGCCUUGAAUACGUUCUAAUGACUGACAGUGUUAUAUUUAAUGAAAAGCUGCCCAUCUCGAGAUUUGACUGAAUUUCUUUCUUCAACCCUACUGGUUUGUUUUAGUGAACACGAUCUGUGCUACUUUUAUUGAAAGAUAUUCUGUACAGGC